AUGAGGCACUUCGGUCUUCUGCGAUUGCUCGCCUUUGCGCUGCUGUUCGUUGGCCUCGUUGCUGCUUGGUCGAAAGAAGUCCUGAUACACACUCCUACAUCAAUUGGCCGUAUAUUGAUCCGAUUCUGGACAGAUUUCCUUGGAGUCAAGCCCAAUGCUGGCCAGAGCGAGAUCGUCAAGGCAUAUCGCAAGAAAUCCAAACAGUUGCACCCCGACAAAGUUAAGCGCGCUUUCAUCGCCAACUACGGCCGCUCGCGCAAGGCCAAAACUGGCUCUAAACCAGGAGUCCGUGUCUCCAAGGGACCUACAGACCGUGAGAUUGAAAAGGCGCACAAGCUCGCCACUCAGCAGUUUGCUCGCCUGGGUUUGAUUGCAGACAUUCUCAAGGGCCCCGGCCGUGAGCGAUAUGAUCACUUCUUGAACAAUGGAUUCCCUGCUUGGAAGGGUACUGGAUACUACUAUAACCGGUUCCGCCCUGGACUGGGCUCUGUGCUAUUUGGAUUGUUCCUUGCCUUUGGUGGAGCUGCUCAUUACGCUGCCCUUGUCCUAAGCUGGAAACGACAGAGGCAGUUCGUGCGACGUUAUGUCAGACAGGCUCGCCGUGCAGCUUGGGGUGACGACUUCAGUGUUCCGGGCGUUUCAAAUAUUGGUGAGAGUUCUGCGGAUUCUAGAGGACAUUCCACCGCUGCUUCUUCGGGGGAGAAUGCAGGUGACGAAGGUGCUGCCCCCGUUCCAGUUAACCGCCGCCAAAAGCGCAUGAUGGAGCGGGACAGUCGCAAAGAAGGCAAAAAACCAGUUAAAGCAGCUAAGGCGAAAUCAUCUGUUAACCGUGAAGACUCUUCUGCUCCUGGAUCCGGCACUGCGACACCUGCGGGUGUUGAGACUAGAAACCGGAAACGUGUUAUUGCAGAGAAUGGAAAGGUCCUGUUGGUCGAUUCCUCGGGUGACGUGUAUCUUGUUGAAGAAAAUGAGGAUGGUGUCAAGGAGGAGUUCCUCCUUGACGUUGACGAAAUUCCCAAGCCCACCUUCCGUGACACCAUGGUCUGCAGACUUCCCAUCUGGAUAUAUGAGAAGACUGUUGGACGAGUUGUUGGCGCCGUUCCUGACUCUACAGCAAACGAUAUGCCUGAACAGACCGAGGAGGAGGAAGUUGUGCCUCAAGAGGAAGAGAGAACCUCUUCCAUUACCCAGAAGAAGAAGAAAGGUAGAAGGGGUUGA